GUUGUCAUUUGCGACCAGAAGACUUUGGUGACCCUCCGGGAGAGGAUGUGUUUUGUGGGGUUUGUGCGUUGAACCGGAGUGUAUCAAAUUUCGCGUUUUAUUCGCAGCACAUGUAACUCUUUUACAUCAAAAACUUAAGUUCAGUUCGAAUGUGUUUGACAUAAAUUAUAUCGGUAGCUCCUGUUUGAAGGUUUCAUUACGCGCGCCUCGCGGGCUACACUAUCUGUGACCCCGGAAAAGUAGGACGCCGUUUGUGACGGUUCAAGAUAAAUGAAAUAAUUGAAGGGAGAUUGUGAGGUUUCGCAUAGUGAGUGUUUUUUUUUUGUUUACCUAAAACUGACCGAGUUGACCAAAAUUCGUGAUCGAUUCAUGGAGCAAUAAGCAGUGAAGAAACAACGAGUGUGUGAAGGGUAGCAUUAAAAGUAGGUGGAUCAAAAAGUAGAAUCUAGUUCUGCGGUAUAUAUCAACCAACGGUGGACUUUCGGUGCUUCGUGACGACGACAACAACAGCAGCGGAUCGGAGUCGAGUGUAGUGUAGCAUCACAGACCCACAAUCAACGAAAAGAGGACAAGAACGCGACGACACUAUGGAUUCUGCGGCCAGCAGCAAUGGAAGUGUGGAACAAAUCAAGGUGGAGCCAGAUUUUUACUUCCCGACUGCGGACACUUACGGUCAAGGUGACGAGCAGCACGCCGGAGAUGAGGAUUUCGACGAGGAACACCAGUUAAAGCUGGACAGUUCGACGAAGGAAAUGUUAGUGGAAGAAGAACUUAGUGUGAUAAGUGAUGAUGACGAGGGUAGUAGUAAAGUAAAACUGCAUGAGUGUAAAGUUUGUGGGAAAAAAAUGUCCAGUUCUGGUCAUCUCAUCAAGCACGAACGGAUUCACACGGGAGAAAGACCCUAUAUUUGCCGAAUCUGCGAUAAGGCGUUUAUUGAAUCGACUAGUUUGAAAGUUCAUAUUAGAACCCACACAGGCGAGAAACCCUACCAUUGUGAAAUCUGCAAUCUUCGUUUCACCCAGUCUUGCAAUUUACAAUCCCACUACCGCCGGAAUCACGGAAUUGAUCCCAAAAAUAAUCCGCAGCUUAUAUCCGGUCUUUUCCGGCAGCAAAAAGAGAUAGACUCCGUCAGCACCACCAAUUCUGCAAUGGGUUCGAGGACGUCGCCGUCCUCUUGGUCUCAGCAUAUGAACGACCUACCUCCGUUAACCCCAAGACCUUUCUUCCAAGGUAGCCAACCAUUCCAUUGUUGCGUAUGUGAAGAGCCAUUUUUUGACCGAGAUCUCCUGCUGAUCCACGAGGAGACACACGUACCAGAGGCACCAUUCGAGUGUCGUUUUUGCUCCAUUCCAUACUCGGUACUCGAUGAUUUCCGGUCACAUGUGAACAUUCACAGAAUUAAUUUGAGAAAUCCACCGAGCGUUAGCCAAUUUGGGGGACGUCAGUCUCAGUCGGGUAUUCGCAUUUCGUCCCAAGGUCCCGUAGCGACCAGAAGGGCUAGUCCAAGCCUUGAUGGAGCCAAUGCGAGCUUGAACCAAAACAAGCCUUUCGUUCCUAGCGACGAUAGCGAGUACCCAUACAAAUGUGUGGAAUGUAAGUUGAACUUUCAGAAACAUCAAUUGUACGCCCACAUGAAGGUUCAUCUCAAACAGAAGAACAUAUUCUCCAAGAAGAGCAUAAAAUGUGACGAGUGUGGGAAAAUUUUCGAGAAAGAACUAACACUGAAAAAACAUAUGGAUACCGCUCAUCCAUCCGUCGGUAAGCGUUCGCCACUGUUAGAUGCUCUCCAGGCUAACGCAGGACAAUCUACUUCGGCGGAAUUUUCAUUCCCGUCUACAACUGUUAAAGUUGAAGAGGAACCCGAGAGCUCACUUGGGGACGAUGAAGUCAAUUCGACUGUAUCUGAUAAUCCGAUCCUCACCCAACUGCUUAACAAUAACAGUGAUCAUUCGAAUAAUUCUACCAGCGUUAUCGGGGACGAAGGAACUUCUGAAGGGGGUUUCAUCAUUAGCGCCGUAGCCACUGUCGAUCAAAGUUUCCUCGAGCAACUUGACCAAAUGGAGCGUGUGCAAAAGCACCAACAAGAGACGGAACCUGACCAACAUACAGAGCCAGAUCAGGUUGUGCAGCAAGUUCAACCCAUGCCACCGUUGCGGAGGAUGCCGGUACUUGAAGAAAGCCUUCGUCGGCCACCCGUCAAUACCAACACAACUCAUCCGUUGCCGCUCAAUUCGGGACCUUAUCGGUGCUCAUUUUGCAACAAACUAUUCAACGAGCAUUUCGGGCUGAGACAGCAUUUACGCGCUAUGCACUACUCGGAGAAACGCCACAAGUGUCCGGAGUGUGGACGAAAGUUCACUUUGGGCAUCAGCCUUGCCACCCACCGUCGAGUUCAUACAACGGUGAAACCGUUCACUUGUAUUGUGUGCUACAAGACUUUCACACGAUCGACUGCCCUCAAUGGCCAUCUCUCGUCGCAUUCGUAUGGGCGGGUCAAAUGCGCCGAAUGUGGCGAGUCUCAAAUCAACGUUUUCAACUAUAUGAAACACAUCGAGAAGAAUCACCCGAAUUUUCUCAAUAAUGUAACGUCGUACCGAACAAAAGCGGAGACGAUUAUGCAGCAUCGCCGCGAAAUGAUAAUGGAAAUAACGCGCGGGCUGGCCGAACAUCGUUCGGAGAUUCCGAACAUUUUGGCACGGUUACGUGGCGAAGUGGUGGACGAAGGACAGGAGGUUAGUUCUAGCGUACAAAUCACGAUGAAGGGAGGAUACGCCGACUCUGAACAGUCCGAAGAGGUGAGUUCGGCUUCCGAGGCACUACCAGCAUUGCGUGCGGAACUGAGGAAGCGUCCGCUAAGAAGCAAUACUCGUGCCAAUGAGUUGGAGGAGUUUGCCCUCCCACCUAUUAGGAAAUCUUCCCGUACUGCGGGCAGUUCUUCGCCAAAUUUGAAGCGACUGUUGGAGCAAAACAACUCCGGCGGCGGGUCGAAUGAGGCUUCUCAACAUGUUACCGUGAAGAGUGAGCCAGUAUCGUAAACGAAAAACCGACUGUGUGUUUGUUCUUUUUCAUUCUAUUUCUUCGUGGUGUAGCUGUGUACAAAAAUCUGCUUAAUAUGUAGAGGCGUUACAAAAAUGGUAAACAUCAAACUUUUCAGUAACCUCAUUAUUCUGGUUUCGAUAUGAACAAAAUAAACAAUCAAAACGAA